CCCACCCGUCACCAAAUGAGUAAAAACUUCUGCAGCACGUUGUUGCCCCACCUCUUCUUCUUCACUCAUUCGGGGACAAAGUAAACAGCUCGACCUUACGCACCUUAUCGCUCCCAAGCAGGCGGGUACCCGCGUUGCGCCAUCCACGUUUGGCUAUCUAAAACCAAAAACAAGUUUCCCCCCCGAAAGAGAGCUGCGGCAGACACGUUAGUGGCAGGUUGUUCUUCCAGUGAUGCAGGUGGACAUCAGAGGCCCCGACUCCUUCUGUUCACCGAGAAGACAAAAGGAUGACAUGUGAUCACCUGAGUCGACUGUUGGCACUUUUUGUGAUAUUCUGCGCCGCCCGAACAGGUUCCGUGGUCCAAGGCGCACGAGAUUUCGAAAAGAAAGCCUCCAUGCUGCUGAAAGAGGAGCCAAAAAACCCCAAGUGCUUUGCUGAAGGCAGGAAGGACUUCACGUGUUUCUGGGAGGAAGAUGAGGAGAGAGCUGGCUCUGUGGAUCAAUACUCCUUCACCUACACCUACCAGAAUGAAAACAGCAGUCGGUGUCCGCUGAGAGUCGUCCCGGCAGCAGGCGGGAAAAGGCUGUUCAUCUGCCACCUGAACCGAACCCAGAUGUUCGUCGAGAUGGACGUCCAAGUUCAUCGGGAGGGAAUGCUGAUCCACAAUCGCAGCCUCUUCGUCGAGCUUGUCUUUUUUCUGGACCCUCCCGGUAACGUGACGGUGAGCGGCACCGGUCAGCAGGGCCAGCUGAACGUCAGCUGGGUGCCUCCUCCUCUGAAGUACAUGGAGGACAGCAUGAUGUAUGAGGUCAUCUACGCUCCUGAGGACCAGCACCCUGGGCAGGUGGAGGUGGCACAAGCCAGCUCAGAGUUGAUCCUGAGAGGCCUGCAGUCGGGAACAAAGUACAAGGUUCAGGUGCGGGUGAAGCUGGAUGGGAUGAGCUACAAUGGAUACUGGAGCGCCUGGAGUGACCCGGUGUUCAUGGAGACUCUGCCUGCAGAAUUCGAUCCGCUGAUCUUGUCCCUGACUCUCAUCAUCUCUUUCAUCCUCAUCCUGCUGUGCCUCACCAUGCUCCUGUCCCAUCAGAGGUUUCUCAUUAAGAAGAUCUGGCCAACUAUUCCAACUCCUGAUGGCAAAUUCCAAGGGCUUUUUACUGUUUACGGUGGGGACUUUCAGGAGUGGUUAGGGCAGACCAGUGGAGGCCUGUGGUUGACUCCAGCUCUGGUCUACUCAGAAGAACGUCCGUCUCCUCUGGAAGUCCUGUCAGAACUCAGCCUUUGUCCUUCACUGUCCUCCCCUCCUCUGCCUCCCAAGGCCUCUAAAGCUCUGAGCGCCGUCAGAAAGGAGGACGUGAAGAACGGGCUGGAUGAGAGAGAGGUGCUGGAAAGGGGCGAUUCAGCUCGGACGGAUGGGUGGAGACCCCCACCACAUGACCACUGGCUGAUGGACCGCCUACGGGAGCUCCACCGGCACCAGGCGUCUCUGCUGGAGUCUCAGGACGCCUACGUCACCCUCAGCACCAGCAACCAGGGUGAAAACGGCCACGCGGAUGACAACUUUGAAGAGGCCCUACCCCUCGAGGUGCUGUUUGCCUCCAGAAAGACGGUGUCGUGCGAGUCCCACUCUGACCUGGGAUCCGUGCAGCAAAGCUCCGGGUCGGGCCGCCUUUCGUCACAGUCCAGCUUCGAGUACCCACACCAGGCCUGGACAGCAAAAGGUCCUCUGUACACCUACAUGGCGGUUGCAGACUCUGGGGUCUCUAUGGAUUACAGCCCCAUGAGCAGAGUGGACGACAUUGGGAAGGUGGUUUUCUACGCCCACGACUACAAGAAUGAGAUCCCAGCUCACAGAAGACCUCUGCUGUCACGGCAGUACCCAGUCCAUGACGAGGGCUGAGAUGGAGGUAAAGUGGACGUAAACUGACACUGAAAGCAGGCUCAGUGAAGGCUAUGUGGAUGUUCACGCAAGGCCACACAGGCUUUCAUCAACUGUUAAGAGAGGAACCAAGGAGCUGACUGGUGAAAGCGAAGGAUUCACUGGAUUUAUCUGGUCUGUACAGGACGCUACCAUGACAAAGGAAUAGCAGCUGUGAUUCACACCAAAUACUGAUUCUCUAAGCAUCGUCUGCAUGUCGAUGCAUUAACCCUCCUGUUGGCCUCAUUUACAGGCACCAAAAAAUAUUGUUUCCUUGUCUGAAAAAAAUCCCCCAAAUUUCUGUAAUUUGCAAAACCUUCAGGUAGAAAAUUCCAAUAAUUCCUUAAAAGUUUCCCUUAAAAUUUUUAUUUUUAAAAAAUCCCUCCAAUUUGGCAAGAAAAUUCUUGUAAAUAUUUUCAAAAAAUGAGUAAAAAUCUUCCAAAAAAUCCUAAAAAUAUCUAAAGUGAUUCCAUAUAUAUCAGUAAAACUUGUAAUAUUUUCUUUAAGAACAUUCACAUAAAAAUCUACCAAAAUCCAGCGAAAUUCGCUGGAUUUUGGUAGAUUUUUAUGUGAAUGUUCUUAAGAAACAUUUUUAACAUUUCUUUUUUCCACCAAAAAAUGUUCAAAGAUUUCCCAAAAAUGUUGAGAAUGUGGACAUCGGAAGUUUCACUGUGAAAAUAUAUAUUUUUUCCACAUUUUCAAACUUUAAAAGAGUCAAUUCUGACCCACAGGACGACACGAGGGUUCAUAUCAUAUCCUGCAAACCAGAUUGGGAAGUUUCAAUUCAAGUUGAGUUUCCACAGUGACGUAUUCAUUUUUGAACUAAGUGUAUUUUCAGCUUAAAUGACCAAACGGCUGUGAGGUUAAAAUAAACAGCAGACAACUUGUAAUGAAAGACCGUUAACAAAAUAGCCAAAUGCUCUUUCCUUGUUCUUCUAGGAUGGGUUAGUGAUAUUCUGGAAUUUUGUUGUUGUCAACAAACCGCAUUCAAAUACCAAAACUACCAAUGAUUUAAUCGUUUUACAGUAAGCACCCAUGUAUCCAAAGCCUGCUGUGGUGGAGGAAGAUCUUUUGUGAAAAAUAGCAGUACCACAGUGUAAAAGUCCUGCUUUCAAAACCGUACAACUUUAGGAUUAAAAUUCUACUUUAAAAAGAUUAAAAUAUACUUAAAAGUAAUUUCAGAAUAAUAUACAGUACUGGAUUAAUUAAUAGUGGUACUUUGUGAUUGUAAUUUUAAUUACUGUAUAUAUUGCUAGGUAUCUUAAUCUACAAUAUUUACAUUUUAAUAGUUAAUUUUUAUUUUAAGUUAAUAAUAUGACAUGAAUAUUAUAACUGCCAAGUAAUUAAAGUUGUCAAAUAGUUGUUGUAAAGUAGAAAGUACUAUAUUUGCUUUAACCCUCCUGUUGUCCUCACUUGCGGGCACCAAAAAAUAUUGUUUCCUUGUCUGAAAAAAAUUCAAAAAUUCAGCAGAAAAAUCCCAAAUUUCAUUUUUAAUAUUUUUUUUUCACCAAAAAUGUUCAAAAAUUUCCCAAAAAUGUUGAAAAUGUGGACAUCAGAAGUUUCACUGUGAAAAUAUUUUUUUCUCCACAUUUUCAAACUUUAAAACGGGUCAGUUUUGACCCGCAGGACGACACGAGGGUUAAACAUGCAGUGGAAAAUGGCAAGACUCAAGUAAAAUAGAAGUACCUCAAAAUUGUGCUUAAGUGAGUAAAUGUACUUAAUAAUUACACUCCAUGACUGAGACUGUCUUAUAGUAGCUUAUUCCUUGGUAGCAUACACAUCUAUUUUAGUCCAACAAGAUUGAAAUUAUACAGCUCUAAAUAUGUAUUAAACCAAAAAUAAACCCCAACAAAUGCACUAUUGACUCAUGUUUGGCUAAUAUUUGCUAAAAACUACACUGCCAGGCUCUUUAACUAACUAUACAUUUGUUUGUGUUUUCCUUGGAUUUGUUGAUACACAAAAUACACACUAUUACCAUCUUUACCAUCUAAAAUUUUACUUCACCUCCAUAGCCACGACAUCAGUCAUAUCCAUAUCUGAAACUCACUGUAUUUGUAUAUAUUAUGUGUUUAUUUUUUUCAUCUUUACUCACAGACCAGUAAGCCGUUGUUAUUUUCCAAACACAGAAUUCUGGGAUGAAUCAAAUGACUACUACUGUAGGCUGCAGAAUAGUUUUAAGGCAGCAUUCAGGUGACUGUAGUUGUUGAACUUGUUUUAUAGUCACUGCUGCCAUCUACAGAGCAUUUCAGGAUAUGAAACCGAAGAAUUUCUACACUUUUUUUAUGCUUGUUUGCUUUCGUGGAGAAAGGAAAAUAUCUUGUAAGUGAAUUUAUAGCUUCUCUUAAAGUUUGUAAAUACAUUUGUAAAGAUUGUUGAUUUUUGUUUUUGAUUUUAAAAAAAAAGUUGUAAUAUAGUGUGACAACUGGCUGUCUUCCAAGUUUCUUUUCACAAAAGCUUUUUUCUUACUAAGAAAUAUAUAUAUUUGUUAAAAUAAAGUCUGAUCUUAGGAUGAA